GAAUGUCGAGGUGUAACUCAGUAAUCCCUGCUUGCUGGGGCAGUUUUACCCUCUCUGCUAUGGAUUACGGUUGGCUGGGAUGGACAUGUUUGGCACAGACGAUCUAUCUGCUUACGGAGUUAUACCAUGAAUCUUAGGAGCCUCUCACCUGUGAACAUGAGCUGGGUGGUGUCAGCUACAGUGAAGACCACCAGUCCAGUAAUAUUGGAGGCCAGACCCACGAGAGCCACCCAGGAAUCCUCCAGACAGCGCUGCAUGAUCUUCAGUCCCAGCAGACUGCUCAGGUAUAGGAAUUACAUUGUGAUAGUUCUGACACCUCUUCUGCUUCUUCCUCUGCCACUGGUCAUCCCAACCCAGGAAGCAAAAUGUGGCUUUGUGAUAAUCCUCAUGGCACUGUACUGGUGUACAGAGUGUAUCCCCCUGGCUGUGACCGCCCUGCUGCCUGUCAUUCUGUUCCCAAUGAUGGGCAUCAUGGAGUCAGGCGAGGUUUGUAUCCAGUACCUGAAAGACUCCAACAUGCUCUUUAUUGGUGGACUGCUGGUGGCCAUUGCUGUCGAGCAAUGGAACCUGCACAGGAGGAUCGCCCUUCAAGUUCUACUUAUUGUAGGGGUGAAACCAUCUCUUCUGAUGAUUGGUUUCAUGAGCACCACAGCUUUUCUGUCCAUGUGGAUCAGUAACACGGCCUCUACAGCCAUGAUGCUGCCCAUUGCAAAUGCUGUGCUGCAGCAGCUGUGUGACACAGAGGCCAACGCUGAAGAGAGGGAUUUUAGUCUGACUGCUGCAAAGGAUGGUCAGGAAAACCAAGCAUUUGAGAUGGAUGACCACAAAGGAAGUGAUGAUAAAGAGCUCAAACCAAAAGACAGCAAUAUCAACAUGGAUCUCAGCACUGUCCCUCCAGAGGUUUGUGAGAGGAGUCCAGAGAUGGAGCAGCGACGACUGAAGAGGGAGCAGGAGUAUAUAAAGCUAUCGAAAGGCAUGAGCUUGAGUGUUUGUUAUGCUGCUAGCAUUGGAGGGACAGCCACCCUCACUGGAACCACACCCAAUGUCAUCCUGAAGGGCCAAAUUGAUGAACUCUUCCCAGAAAAUGGAGGUAUAAUCAACUUUGCAAGUUUUUUUGGCUUCUCAUUCCCCAACAUGGUGCUAAUGCUUGCUCUGUCAUGGUUGUGGCUGCAGUUUAUGUUUCUGGGCUUCAACUUGAAAAAGUCCUUUGGAUGUGGCACAAAGAACGAUAGUGACAGGGAAGCUUACCAGGUAAUCAAAGAUGAGUACAAAAAGUUGGGCAGGAUGAGCUUCGCUGAGAGCUGUGUGCUGGUUAUCUUCACGUUGCUGGUUCUUCUGUGGUUUACCAGGGAGCCUGGGUUCAUACCCGGCUGGGCCACUGUGCUCUUCAACAAAGACAAGCCGUAUGUCACAGACGGUACUGUGGCCAUAUUAAUGUCAGCACUCUUCUUCUGCAUCCCAUCCAAUUUGCCCAGAUGCUGUGGGAAGUCCAGGGAUGGGGCUCCUACUGAAGCCCCUUCACCCCUGCUUAGUUGGGACAUUGUCCAUGAAAAGAUGCCUUGGAACAUCCUUUUACUUCUGGGAGGAGGUUUUGCAUUGGCUCAUGGAAGUGAGAAAUCUGGACUUUCUGUAUGGCUGGGAGAAAGUCUAAUACCACUGCAGAGCAUCCCACCCUUUGCCAUCUCCAUUCUGCUGUGUCUGCUGGUGGCCAUGUUCACCGAAUGUUCCAGCAACACCGCCACCACCACUCUCUUUCUGCCAAUACUGGCCUCCAUGGCCACUGCCAUUAAGAUACACCCGCUGUACGUCAUGUUUCCCUGCACCAUCUCUGCCUCGCUGGCUUUCAUGCUGCCUGUGGCCACUCCACCCAACGCCAUCGCCUUCUCCUAUGGCAACCUUAAAGUCAUGGACAUGGCCAAGGCUGGAUUCAUUCUGAACUUUCUUGGAGUCAUAACCGUCAACAUUGCCAUUAACACAUGGGGUGUGGCGAUCUUCCAGCUGAAUACCUUUCCCAGUUGGGCUAAUGUCACCAAAACUCCUUGAAUAUGAACUCAGGAAAAUGGACACGGGGGAGAAAAAGGGGGACAUAAACAAUAACUGCUAAUUUAUCAGGAUUCCACCAACAGAAGACUGGGCAAGCAGGUGUAUUAGUUUAUUAAUGUCAAACUUCCUUGUGUAUUCCAGCCAGUACAGCCUGGUGUGCUGUGCAACACUGGAGCACCAUUUGUUUAUGUUUUGACUGAACCGAGUUCAGUUAAUUUAGAUAAAUCAUCUUCUACACAGUCAACAAAGCAGAAGAUUGAUAAUAAUUAAUAAUAAUAAUUUAUUUCCAAGACAAAAAUUUAGUUUUUCACCUACAACACAUAAUAUUGAAAAACAAUCGCAAGCAGAUUGCAGUAAAAAAUAUAUAUUGUGGCAAAAUAUUGAUAUUGUGACUUCUCAUUGCAUCUGUAAUAAACUGUGCUGCACUAUCCUAAUAUAAUAAACUAAAGUUUUACCAAAGAAAACUAUUUGCGAACAAAUGUGAAUGUAUAUUUUAAUUCCUACAUUUCCUACAUUUGGGCAGGUAUGAAGCAUUCUUGUUAUUAAACAUAAUAGAUGGUUACAUAUGUAAUCAUUGUCCAAUGAGUGUAGAGACUGCGGACUUAUAUAUGUUGGCUGGAGAGAGAAUCUUCACACUAAAGAGAAGAAUAAACAUUCCUACAUCAUAUGGAUGCUUACAGCAAAUCAUACACACUUAACUACUUGUAAUUUUGAAAAUACUUUAAUUACUCAAAAUAAUUUGUGUUGUUUAUCAAUGACAGAAUAUUCAGCUUCCAAGAAAAUAAAUAUUUGGAAUAGAGAGACUGCAGGUUAAAGGGUACACUCUAGUUUUUGACUGAGACUGUUAAAUUUAAUAAUGGGCUGAAAUCUCAUUGCCAUCCAUAGGAUUACGAAUGCUGGGUUCCCAACUGAUUUAAAGAGAUCCAAGAGCACAGAAAAUCCCUUCAAAGGGUCAAUGUGGGAGGAAUGCAAAAAUGAUUAGAGGUAAGGGAAAUCAAUUAUAGGAAACAUUUGAUUGAACUCCUUGGCAGGGGUCCAUAUAUCUGCUGUAUGUGAAGGCCUGGAGCAGAAGGGAUUUUAAAAUCAUGAAUCUACAUUACACAGAGGUCAAAAGAGUAAGCAGUUAUAAAAUCGAAAACAUUUUGUUUAAUCUAGCGACCAUUCUUCUGGUGAAGACUGAAAGACAGCAUCAGGCAAAGGAAAAACUAUCACUCCAUCUCUCGUUAAACCAGUUCUCACAGUAAUGGAAAUCAAUGAAGGUGUGAUGGAUGUCUGUUAUCAGAGGUAAGACAACAUCUUUCUUUGAUGAUAUCUUCUGUCUUACUUCUGAUUCCUGUAGGUAUUUUUAUAAACAUGAUGUGAUUGGUUUUUAUGUCAGUUGCAUCCCACUUUUAAUGUUGUAAUGCUGCAGUACAUGUGGUCGAAGACUCAUGUUACUGACCCUGUGCAAGAAGUAGCAAGAUUUGAAUCAAUAUGAUGCAUAACCAUCUGUAAUUAUCAUACUCCCUGGAAAGCUUUACCACUUGACUGUACUAGCAUUUCUGAACGCAGUUUUUAAUAAGGGCCCUGAAUCAGUGAUUAAAUGGUAAUUGUGAAUAUAACAUACUGAGAACAGUCAUUUGAGGAGACAGCUGCACAUUUUAUUAUCAAAUAUCCUUGGGACAGGCAAAGUAAUUGCGGAAUUUAUAUAUUCCUGAACCUGAGCUGUGAGGUAUUCAGUGAUAAAUCUCACUGCCUCUCACUGCCUCAGGGACUCUGAAUGUUUUCCUUUGAGUUUUCAAAAGACACACAUAAAUCACGCUUUCUGAUUACAUGAAAUAUGGAAUUAGAUCUUACACUCAUCUUCAGCCUUAUGAAUAUUUUCAUCAGAGAAAAUCAUUAAAAUUGUUUGUAAUCUAAUGAAAACAAUUAAAAUGGACUCAAAAACA